AUGGCAGAAAAUGUUAGAAACAUGAUUUCUCCCGGUCUUAUGAUUUUAAAUCAACGUCGUCGAAGAAGAAAUUAUACUAGAAUUCGUCAAACCACUCAACGUCAAGGCCUUAGAAUCGUGAUUGGAAGUUUUCAGAACCGUACGCAAAUCAAUAACUAUAACACCUUGAAUCGUAUGUCUCAAUUAACAUAUCAAGCUACAGAUAAUACAUUUGCAGAUCAAUUGUUCAAUGGAACUUCCUCUCUAAGCUAA